AUGUCUCGCCAUCAUCCCGAUCUCGUUAUGUGUCGCAAGCAGCCCGGUAUCGCUAUCGGCCGUCUCUGCGACAAGUGCGACGGCAAAUGCCCAGUCUGCGAUUCCUACGUUCGACCUACGACCCUUGUGCGCAUUUGCGACGAGUGCAGCUUCGGAAACUACCAGAACAAGUGUGUUGUAUGCGGCGGUGAGGGCAUCUCCGACGCUUUCUACUGUUUCGAGUGCACGCGCCUCGAAAAGGAUCGUGACGGGUGCCCCAAGAUUAUAAACCUUGGUAGUUCGAGAACAGACUUAUUCUACCAAAAGAAAACGAAUCGGACAACGCAAUACUAG